CAUAUACAGUAGGACGCCCGUGAUGCAGCAGCUUCGAUCGCUGAAUCUCCUACGGUGACGCGGCAGGCAGCUCAUGCAUUCACGCACGUGCUCGGGUAAACACCCGAACAAUUGACUUCUCUGACUCUGGACUUUCGGUACACAUGACCAUGAAUAGGUUGCUCAAACGUGAUCACCGAUGAAUCGCCAAUCACUUCGAACCCCUUCAUCAUCAGCUUGUUGAACACGAAAGAGGCACGGAGCAGCUCGCUUCCCUCUGGCCCUCCCUCAAGUCUCCGCCAUCCUGAUUCGGGUCAGCCGAAGAACUACAAGAGCGUCUCCAAGUCGACGCAUUCAUCUCAUCUCAAGACCUUGAGGAUUUGCUCGCCAAUCAAAAAUGUCGCGCCAAGGGCACGGAUUAGCCGAUCCUCCUAGUCGAGGCACGCUCUCGCUAGCCUACAGGCGAAGCGUCGUAGCUCUGCAAUCCGCACUUGGCUGGUCCUCUUCCGAGACGGAACAAGCAGAACGAGAAGCUCUGAUUCCUGAUUCUCACCAGCAAUCAGAGGGCUUCGGCAACGCUGCCUCUGUUGCUGGACCUAGCGGUACGACGGGAACGGAUGGGUAUGGAAGCGUGCUGGACUUGCCACCGGAAAGACGUGUGCCUAGACCUAAGCCAGUGAAGAGCGCAGUCAGGGUCGAGGCUAAGGUUUGGUUCGCCAACGAGAGAACUUGGAUCUCGUGGUUGCGCGUCUCGGUUCUGCUGGGCUCCUUCUCUCUAGCACUGUUCAAUAGCGCUGGCUACUUCGCUCACCGUCUCCCAGACACACCAGGCGGAACACCCGGUCCUGAAGUGCCAGAAGGUCCCAACGCCUCCACCAUCCGAAACUUUGGAAUCGUGUAUGCCGCCAUUGCCGUAGCUACGCUCUUGUGGGGUUUGUGGAGCUACCAACGCAGAGUGACUCUCAUCAAACGUAAAUACGCUGGUGACUUUGACGACCUCGUGGGGCCGCCGCUCAUCUGUAUCGCCCUCUUUAUCGCCGUUCUGGUCAACUUCAUCGUGCGCGUGCAAGAGUACAACGCCCUCUGAGCCCACGUUAGCAAUGGUCAGCUUGCAGCUUUCUUUAAUCAGACCUGCCCGCAGCGAAUGGAGGUAGUAGUACAUUGAAAUGUUUCAAUACUGAUGUGCAGGCGCUUUGAAGCUACAUAAUCAGGCUUCCGCGUGGCUAGGAGUGAUCCCUUCGGAAGUGAAAGGCGACUGUAUGCGGAUAGCAUCUCUUGCUGCCAAUCUCAUAUCUGGUCCAUUGCGAAAGGAAGAAUGGCGUCGAUCACUGGGGCAUAGUGGCGUAGCGGCGCGUCAAGUCUGCUUCUCUUCAUGCCUCUUCGUGCAUGGAUGUAGCCGAUCAGUGUUUUGGGAGAGCACCCGAGAAUGAAGACUCCGCUUCCCAGAUAACGGU